AUGGCUCUCUACAACAAUGGGGCUGAUGUGCCUUCACCCCAGGAAGCCUCCAACGGCUUCCCCCAGCCCGGUGCCUCAGGAACGUGGCACAAGGGCGAGGAGGAGGUGCGGCUGGUGGAGCCCAGCAUGGUGAAGAAGGCUCACCGGGAAAUCCUGGAUCAUGAGCGCAAGCGGCGGGUGGAGCUGAAGUGCAUGGAGCUGCAGGAGAUGAUGGAGGAGCAGGGGUACUCUGAAGAGGAGAUCCGACAGAAAGUGGGGACCUUUCGGCAAAUGCUGAUGGAGAAGGAGGGUGUGCUCACCAGGGAGGACCAGCACGGGCGCCAAAUUGUGAUAGAAAACCACCACGGGGCAGAUGGGGAGGAGUACGAGGUGGAGUACCCUGACUAUGGAGAGGGCUGCCUGCUGCAGUGCGACUGCUCGGCCGAGUGCUACCGCGAGGACAGCGGCCACCGCGAGUACAGGUUGAAAAGACGCUCGAGCAGCUCCACCUCUCCUCCACCCAAGAAGAAAAAAAAGAAGAAAUCAGGUCACCGCCGGAGCCGCAAAAAGAGGAAACCCGGCUCAGAGCGCAGCUGUGACAGCUCCUCACCCAUCCGCAAGGAAAAGAAAAAGAAGACUGGAAAGAAACACAGACGUGACAGGUCUGAGUCGGGGUCACGAAAAAAAAGAAGACACAGGUCCAGAAGCCCCAAGAACAAACGGAAAGAGAAAAACAAAGAGCGCAAGAGGUCCCGCAGCGAGUCCCCGGCCUGGCGCUCGCACCGCCGCAGCUCCUGCAGCUCCCACAGCGCCUCGCUCUCCUCCGACAGCGGCUCUAAAUCCCCGGGCAGGGUGAGCCCCAAGCGCCGGCAGGAUGGCCCCAAGGGCAGCAGCGCCCGCUCCAGCCGCAGCCCGUCCUCGCCCUCGCCCCAGCGCUCGGCCUCGCCGCACCAGAACGGGCACAAGGGCAGCGCCCAGAACGGCCGCCACAGCCACGGCGCCCCGCUCCCGGAGCCCUCGGAUAGGCCGGCUUCGGCGUCCCCCUCUCCGCGGGCUCACGGCAGGACGGAGCCGCCGUCCCCCCGCACCCGGGGGGGCCGACACGGCGCCCGCAGCCCCCGGUCGCCCACGCCGGAGCGGGCCAAGCACGGCCACCGGCAUCGCUCCCGCAGUGCCUCGCCGCCGUCCCGACACCGCGGCCAGAGCAAGGGGCAGACCUCGGCCCCCCGGGAGCCGCCGCCGCCGCCGCUCAGCCCCGCCGGCUCCAGCAGCGACUCGGAGGGCUCGGCCGGCUCCCACCCCUACCACCCGCCCGCCGGCCCCGACAGGAACCACGGCGCGCACGGCAAGAAGGUGAAGGAGCGGCACCACCGGGGCCGGCCCAACAGCAGCUCGGAGUCGUCAGCCAAGCACUCCCGGCACGCCUCGGAGCGGAGGAAGAGCCCGUCCCCCAGCCCGGGCCAACGCAGCAGCUCCUGGAGCUCCAGCGGCUCCCUCUCCAAGUCCCGCUCCCGCUCCCGGGAGAAGAGAGCAGGACGCAGCCGAUCCCGCUCGCCCUCGCCGAAAAAGCCAGCCAGCAGAGAGAAGGACAACGAGCCCCGAACACGUCACGGUGAUCCCGAUCCCGCCCGCCCCCGGCGCCGCUCCAGGAGCUAUUCCCCCAUCAGGAAGAGGAGACGCGACUCCCCCAGCUUCAUGGAGCCCAGGAGGAUCACCAGCGCCCGCAAGCGUCCCAUCCCCUACUACCGGCCCAGCCCCUCGUCCUCCAGCUCGCUGAGCACCUAUUCGUACAGCCGGAGCCGCAGCCGCAGCUACGACAGCUACAGCUCCAGCCGCAGCCGCAGCCGGACUCGCAGCCCCCCCAGCCGCUCCCGCAGCCCCAGCCGCAGCCCCAGCUACAACAGCCGCAGCAGCUCGGAGAGCGCCGGCUUCUGA